CUCUCUCUCUCUCUCUCUCUAUGGGGAAUAAAAGCGCAUCUCAACCUUCUCAAGCAAUGUUUAGGUUUGUACCCGAGCUUUAUGUAUAGAGAUAUUUUUGUUUUUUUAUAUUAAAAGCUAUAGUUAUAAUCCUGUGCUACAUUUUCUUUUUUUCUUCUCUGGCCCUGAAUCUCUCCAUCCAUUUUGCUGUUCAUCGCCUGCGGCUACGCGGCAUCCGAACUAAUCAUGGCGAUUAAAAUCGGCUUUGCUGCGGGAGAGGAGGAGGAGGAGGAGGAGGAGGAGAAGGAAAGAAGAUGAAGAAGAGGAGGAGGAGGAGGGAAAACACGGGCAAGUCGUAGGCAGACAGGCACGCAGGGGGAAAAAACAGCAGUGUCUUUAAGCCAUUUAGCGUUCAAAUAUACAAAUAUAUAAAAGGAGGGGAAAAGGGUUUGUUCUGGGUCCAGCCUGCUGCUGCUCUGAGCGCUCGCCAGGAGCGGUUUUUUUAUCCUCUUGUAUUUUUUCAGACCGGGCUUACAGAUAUGAGCUAAUUGUAUCCUGGACUUUUUUUCUUCUUUCUUUCUUUCUUUUUUGCCUGGAGGGGUUUUGGAGCCCCGGAGCGACUCUCCCUCUGUAUUAGGGCUCCGCGGUUCUCCGGCACGCUGCUGCAUUUCUCGGCGGCGCGGCGCGGCACGGCGCGGGCAGUGGAGGCACCAGCGCGCAGGGCCGACACCAAGCGGGGAGAGAAACACAGACCAGGGUGCAAAAAAAGCAAAACUUUUUUUCCAGAUGUUCAUGGAUAACCGCUCCAACAUGUCCAGGCCGAUGAUCACCAGGUCUCCAGCGUCACCUCUCAGCAAUCAGGGCAUCCCGACUCCAGCGCAGCUCACCAAGUCCAACGCGCCUGUGCACAUCGAUGUGGGCGGCCACAUGUACACCAGCAGCCUCGCCACCCUCACCAAGUACCCCGAAUCCAGAAUUGGCCGUCUUUUCGAUGGCACGGAGCCCAUUGUUCUGGACAGCCUGAAGCAACACUACUUCAUUGACAGGGAUGGUCACAUGUUCCGCUACAUCCUCAACUUCCUCAGGACGUCCAAGCUCCUCAUCCCUGACGACUUCAAAGACUUCAGCCUGUUGUACGAGGAGGCGCGGUACUUCCAGCUGCAGCCGAUGCUGGUGGAACUGGAGCGCUGGCGUCACGAGCGGGAGCUCAACCGCAUCUCGUGUCCGUGCGAGUGCGUGGUGGUGCGGGUGGCGCCCGACCUGGGGGAGCGCAUCACGCUGAGCGGAGACAAGGCCCUCAUCGAAGACAUUUUCCCAGAGAUCGGCGACGUCAUGUGCAACUCUGUGAACGCCGGCUGGAACCAUGACUCCACACACGUCAUCCGAUUCCCUCUAAAUGGCUACUGCCAUCUCAACUCCGUUCAGGUCCUGGAACGACUACAGCAGCGCGGGUUCGAGAUCGUAGGCUCAUGCGGUGGCGGCGUCGACUCGUCUCAGUUCAGCGAGUACGUGCUGCGGCGAGAGCUCCGGAGAUCUCAGCGAGGACUCCAGACGAACAGGAUAAAACAAGAACAGCUGGACUAGAACCCCACCCUAGAAACUGCCUCACAGACUUUCCACUUGGAAUGAGUUUUUUUUUAAGGGAACCUAAGGAAACUUUUUUUUUUUUUGUUUUUUUUUUGAAGAUGGUUGACCUUGCUGACCUUCAGGAAGAUCGGGACUGUCCAAAUGAGGAAAUUGAAAACGUUGUCCCUUUCCAUCCAUUCAAUUUCAAAGCAAACAUUAAGACAUCACGUUCUGUUUGCAGUACUAUAUACAGUAUAUAUAUAAAAAUAUGCAUCUAUUUUGCUAUUUCACAUAAUUGACCCAUGGAUGUUUGUUUCUCAAUCAUGUCGUUAGGGUUUAUUACAAAUCUCAACACAUCGGGAUGUGUUUUUUUAAUUAUUAUUAUUAUUAUUAUUCUUUUUUUCUCUGUUGUUGUUUCAUAUUAUAUAACAUACAUGCAAAGAUUGUGUACUUUCGUUCAACGAAACGUCCAGAUCCUUAUCUGAAGAUCGUGUGAUAUAUUUACUUUUAUUCAAUAUGAUUAUAAGAUUAACAUAAUAUGUAUCGAAAGAAAACACAAUUUUAACAGCGAUCCAGCGCUAAUUAUUUUCUUUUAAUUUAUGAUCAGAUAUGAUGUUUAUCUAUGAUUUUUCAUUUGUAAUCAUGUUUUUUUUCUCUUUGUCCUCAAACCUCUUUUUGACUGAAUUUGUAAUGACAUUAAAUACAGGUUCCUUCUGAAAGCUGUCAAAACCGAGCAAGUCAUUUCGGCCACGCCACAUCCCUUACCAAAUUACAGAGAAUGUGGCAAGGAAGUUCAAAUAAAUUAUCCAAAAUUGUAAUAAA